GGGCGAACGAAGGCGCGGGGCAGCUCCGCAGGCCGCAGCUGAGGGGGAGGGGAUCCGCGACGUGGACAUGCUGCUCGGGCCUCGGUGGUCACUCGAACUGGAUCGCUGUGUCCACCUCUGAUCUCUUCAUCCUCGGGUCGGGACUCCUCUGUCUCCUUGCCCUGUCCCCAAACAACCUCUGAAUAAAGGGAGGCGGACAGAGGCAGGCAGGAAGGCACUCACUUCUCCAGGAGCCCGGAGUCGGCAGCAAGAGAGAAUGGCCGCCGACGCCGCCGCCGCCGCCACCCUUCGUACUGCUCUCUCCCAAGCAACAGGGCAAGAGCAGAGAGCUUCACUGCUGUGCACACCGAAGCACCGAGUUGCUGCCAGCAGGAGAAGCUUGAGAUUCACCACUAGGGCCAGCUCGAAUGCGGGCGCCAGUGUGAGCAUCCCUAAGCAAUGGUAUAACCUCAUCGCCGACCUGCCGGUGAAGCCACCGCCACCGCUGCACCCGCAGACACACCAGCCUCUGAAUCCCAGCGACCUCUCCCCUCUGUUCCCCGACGAGCUGAUCAGGCAGGAUGUUAGCGGCAGAUAGUGGAGAUAGAUCCGAGACAGGAAUUGGAGGUAGGAAGCAGGAACUGGGGAUUCAGGAAGAUAGCAAGAGAUUCAUAGGAACAGAGGAAGCAGAGGUUAGAGACGAAGAAGAAGGUCUGGUGCUGUGGCAUGUUUAGUGCAAUCUUCAUUGCUUGCUGUCUUGCUGCAUUUAACACAGCACGAGCUUCAGAGAAUAGUCCAAGCCUAUCUGUGUUGCCAAGAGAUCUCAUCCAAGGUUUACGGCAAUGAACCAUUUCUAAAGCACAAAGACGUGAUGUCUUUAUCAAUUCAUCAGGAGAGCAAAUGGCGUCAACAGGUAAAUGACUUCUCUCAUCUUCUAUAAGUAUAAUGUUGAACAUUGCAGGUGUUGAAGCCAAUCCCACCUGUAGGAUAUCAUGUCCAGCAGCAGUGAUUCCAUGAGUGACUGCAUUCUGUAAUUUGUGUGCAUAAUUUCGUGAAUCAUGUCCAAUAUCGUGGCUGAGACAUUUGGUCGAACACUCGAGGGGCGAGCUGCUGCUGUCCGUCUUCAGCUUGAUGAUGGUGAAGUCGUGGAAGAAGUGUCCGUCGAACCUGCCAAAGGCGACCUUGGCACCAAUCAAGGAGGUCACCGACGAGCGGUUCGUCGACAUACCCGAGGAGGUCAUCGACGUGUACAAGCUCUGGCGCCCGACGCCCCUGAUCAGGGCCAGGAGGCUGGAGAAGCUGCUCGGCACGCCGGCGAAGAUCUACUACAAGUACGAGGGGACCAGCCCGGCGGGGUCGCACAAGCCCAACACCGCCGUGCCGCAGGCGUGGUACAACGCCGCGGCGGGGGUGAAGAACGUGGUCACCGAGACCGGCGCCGGCCAGUGGGGCAGCGCGCUGUCCUUCGCCAGCAGCCUCUUCGGCCUCAACUGCGAGGUAUGGCAGGUGCGCGCGUCGUUCGACCAGAAGCCGUACCGGAGGCUGAUGAUGGAGACGUGGGGCGCCAAGGUGCACCCGUCGCCGUCGACGGCGACGGAGGCCGGCAAGAGGAUCCUUGAGGCGGACCCGUCCAGCCCGGGCAGCCUCGGGAUUGCCAUCUCCGAGGCGGUGGAGGUGGCGGCCACCAGCGCCGACACCAAGUACUGCCUGGGCAGCGUGCUCAACCACGUCCUGCUCCACCAGACCGUCAUCGGGGAGGAGUGCCUGGAGCAGCUGGCGGCGCUCGGCGAGACGCCCGACGUCGUCAUCGGCUGCACCGGCGGCGGGUCCAACUUCGGCGGGCUCGCGUUCCCGUUCUUGCGCGAGAAGCUGCGCGGCAAGAUGAGCCCCGCGUUCAGGGCCGUGGAGCCCGCCGCGUGCCCCACGCUCACCAAGGGCGUCUACGCGUACGACUUCGGCGACACGGCCGGGCUCACGCCGCUGAUGAAGAUGCACACCCUCGGCCACGGCUUCGUCCCCGACCCGAUCCAUGCAGGUGGGCUUCGGUACCAUGGAAUGGCACCUCUGAUCUCGCACGUGUACGAGCUGGGCUUCAUGGAUGCCGUUGCUAUACAGCAGACUGAAUGCUUCCAAGCUGCCUUGCAAUUCGCCAGGACGGAGGGCAUCAUCCCGGCGCCGGAGCCGACGCACGCAAUCGCCGCGGCGAUCAGGGAGGCGCUGGAGUGCAAGCGGACCGGGGAGGAGAAGGUCAUCCUGAUGGCCAUGUGCGGGCACGGACAUUUCGACCUCGCCGCGUACGAGAAGUACCUGAGGGGAGACAUGGUCGAUCUCUCGCACCCGGCGGACAAGCUGGAGGCCUCCCUCGCUGCCGUGCCCAAAGUCUGACGGCGUUGGAGCCAACAGCACAUGCGACUGGAAUGGGACGAAUAAUCCAUUGAUAUCGGCUUCUUGAAUCUUGUGGUCAUCCAUCGCCCAUCGGCAGUGGGAUACUUGUGUUCCUUAUGAAAUGAAUGAAUAAAAUUUCAAUAAAAGCAUUAAUUUUAUCAUA